GCCUGCCCCCCGCGGCUGAAAGAAUUCAUGUCCCCGAAGUGGGAGGCGCGGUGGACGCACUGCAAACUGCAGCGCGGGGACCUGAUCCUCGGCAUGGGUCCGUCGCCGUCAGCCAUCGUGAGUUGCGCGGCCAUGAACGACAAGGGGGCCAAAGCGAUGAUCAACCAGCUCUCCAUGAGUUGCUACCAGCAGCGGCCUAUCAAAUGUAAAAAUGUCUGCGUCUGGAAGAGUCAUGUUGUUUUUGCAUGACACAGAAGGGCUGGCAUGGAAGCUCUAGCAUCACAGGUUUCGAGAAGCUUCCGCCAUACCGAAUCCGCAUGACAAGUUCCCCAUUUUGGUGACAGAAAUUGGGCAGCUUUUGCUACCUAUGCAUGAGAGACUUUUCUGUGUUCUGAAAUGCGCAUCACAAGAUUGCACUCUUCCAGACCCAGUCCCAGACAUUUUUGCAAUGCAUACGGCCGAUUUACCUGGAGCGGCGGCGCGUGCGCAGGGACGAGAUCAUCGUCAUCUUCGAGGCGGGGGAUGAGACGAAGGAGCAGAAAACGCCGGAGUACAAACAGUUGUUGAAAACGGCCGGAAACUUGUUCAAGAAGCACAUGACCAAGAUCGGGCUGUUCUUCGUGAACGACAACCAGAAACCCCCGCGCGCUCUGAAGGACAUGCACCACAAGUCCUGGUGGACGGACAAGGGCGUGGAGGCGGGGGCGAAGUUGGUUCUCGUGAACGGGGUGAACGUCGAGGCGCUCACCUUCAAGAUGUUGAUGCAGCAGUUCGGGACCUUUUUCGCGCACGCGCGGCCGCUGUCCAUGGUGUGGCGGACCUCGGCGACGAACAGCCAGAACGUGGUGGCGGACCACCUGCAACGCGAGGAGCAGUUGAUGCUAAAGCAGGUGUACAAGCUGGACGGGUCGAUCGACACCAAGGAGAUUUUGCUGAAGAAGAUGGGGAAGGUGGGGAUUCGGUGGCCCCGGGUGUACCUGACCAUGCGCCGGAUGAACUUCCGCCCGGUGCGGGCGCGCCGCCUCGACGUCCAGGGCGUCGCGACGUUUGGCACGACGCACGCCCAGAAGCACCAGAAGAAGGGGGAGCAGGAGGCGAUUAUCCGGGACCGGGUUCCCGGCACGCUAGAGGACCACGUGCUGGAGCAGUCGCGGUGGCAGAGCGUGAACAUGUUCCGCGGCGAGGCGCACGCGGGGAACAUCAGCAUGACGUCCCGGAUCCUGUACAAGGACAUGCGGCCGCAUCGGCAGAGCAGGAGCGUUUUGGCGGCGAUGUUCAACAGCCAGCAGCUCCGCGACAUGCACGCGGAGGUCCCCCCGCAGGUCCGCGUGCGCAUCUACGUGAUCCGCGCCACGGGGAUGGAGGAGGGCAUGCUAUCGCAAGAAAAAAUUGUUUCACUGUAAACUUGUAAUGCAGAAAAUGUAUCUUAGAAAUCUUUGUCUUGCUACACAUGCAAGACAGUCGAUUUUUAGCUGUGUUUUCCCUUAGGAACCUCGCAUGGCAAAUUUUUCUGUCAUGUAGAGCAAACUUGUGUUGCAAAACUUGCAAAAUCCUUACAGUGAAACACUUUUUUCUUGCGAUACAUGCGGCCCAUGCUGUACUUCCGGUUCGGCGACGACGUGAAACGGUACGAAUCGCUUCUCGAAGCCGGGCAACUGUCGUCGACGAACCCGAUCUUCUACCGGGUGGAAGAGCGGGACAUCGUCUUUCCGCACGAAGCGAGAUUGGAGGUGGGGUUGUUCGACCAAAAUUUGGAAGACGAGCUGCUCGGAAAGAAGUCGAAAGCCGCGGUCGUCGGGAAACAAACCACCACUACUGUGAAUGCUUUUGAAACGAUGAACCCCGCCGCCACCAUGGCCCCCGGGGCGACCGGGGCGAACGGCAAGUCCAACACUUCGAAGCUGAAGAGACUGGACCCCAUGGCGGUCAUAUCCAAGAAAAAAACAUUGUAGGUGUAACUUUCUUGGAGGAUUAGCAUGACAAAUAUCUCUCGCAUGAAAGCAAAAACCUGUCAUGCGCAGAUAGUACGGGAAAACGCCGUUGAAUGGGCCCUACGAUGCAUGCCAAGCAUCACAGACGCAAUCAUCUUGCAUGUUGCGCAUCAGAAAUUUACACAAACAACGUUUUUUUCUUGGAUAGGUCAUCGGCUCCACCGUGAUCGACCUGGAGGAUCGCUGGUUCAACCCGGUCUUCCAAAAGUAUAUAUCAAAUGUAAAAAUGUCUGGGUCUGGAAACUUGUGAUGCUGUGUGGCGUAUCAUGAGGAGGCCACAAUUGCUGGCUCAGCAUGACAAGUUUCUGAGCUUCUAGGUGUUGCCUAUUCUGCAUGACAGACUGCGUUUCUGCAUCACAGAAAAAUGGAGCUCUUGGGUAACGUGCAUGACAGAUUUAAGAAUCAUGCCAGACAAGCAUGACAAACGUGCAUUCUUCCAGACCCAGACAUUUUUACAUUUGAUAGUAUAUGGCGGGCAACAACAUCCCGAUCGAGUACCGACCGCUGUAUUCGCUCGACUUCCAAAACCCGAAGCGGCGCGGGCAGGUGGAGAUGUUCGUGGAGAUGCUGGACUCCGAGCGCGCGGUGAACAUUCCGGCCCAGGUACUGACCCCCCCGCCCAGCACGGAAAUUGAGAUCCGGGUCGUGAUCUGGUCCUGUCGGAACAUCACCAUGCUGGUUUUGGAAGAGGAGCAGGACGAGGAGGUGUUAGGGGAGUGCAGAAUUCCCCCUCGUCUCCCCUCAUGGUCAUGCAAAUACACGACGGCUCCAAGUGCUAGUGCUGCCUUCGUCGAGCACUAUUAUGCAUGUUGACAAGUUCUACUUUCCACACUGCAAGCCGCACGGGUGCCUCCUGCGUGGAUUUGUCCUCACGCAAAGGUCUCAAGUCUGCUGUUAGUUGUGUAGUUGUUGCUGCUCAUGCUUUUUAGAUCGGGGGUGUAGUUGGGGAGUUCUUGUGCACUCUCAUAGGUUUCAACCGCGGAUCUGAAAGUGAAGGCUGCGUUGGACAGUGGUAAUUUCCUCGGUACGCAGCCGAACGUGCAGGAAACCGACAUUCACUACAUGAGCACGGGCACGACCGAGUACAAUUGGCGGUUUUGCUUUUCCAACAUCGCGGUGCGGGAGGGGUUUCCGCUCGAUGUGGAGUUAUCCCUGGGGAUUUUCAACGCCCGCGUGCUGGGUGCGGACUUUAUGAUGGGCGAGGCCACCCUGGAUUUGAAGCAGUACGUGACGUAUGUGGCCGCCGAGCAGAAGAAGAUCGAGGUGAACGCCGAGAUCCCGAUGACCAACAAAAAACUGGUGGAGAUCCUGCAAGCGCGUAACGACGCGAAGCUCGCCAAAUCGGAGCAGUUGCGGCGGCUGGGUCUGGACAACAUGGACACGGAGGGAAUGAGCGACCGCGCCAGCGCCAUGGCGAAGGCCCGCGCGAUGAAGCGGAUGAAGCAGGGGCCGGAGGAGCUGAACCAAAGGCUGAUGGAGGAAUUGGAGCAGGAAAACAACGCGAUCCGAAAGCAAACCGCAGCCGAGCAGACGCCGCAGAGAAUUCCGCCCGUCGCCCUGGCCACGGUAAACGUGCAGGUUCUGACACAAGCCGAAGCGGACCAGGAGGACCACCGGGUCGGCAUGGGGCGCGAUGAGCCCAAUCGGGAUCCCGUUUUGCCCUUCCCCGCGAGCGGGCGGAGUUGGGAUGCGGUGCUGCCGGCGGCGAAGGUAUUUUUAACUAGCCCUACGACGUACUUAGGAAUGCAUAUGCAGACUUUCUUUGCCGCGCUGUUUCUUUUUAUUUUCACAUUUACGUUGCCGCGGCUCAACAUCAUAGCACAGGCAGCCAGACCCUGAUGAUUUGGAUAAAAAAAGAACAACCGAUUGUAAUUUGUUCAGCUGCUUAUCCAAGCGGUCGGCGACGCGAUUGAAGCUUUACGUUCCAGCGGAUUCACGGCGUGCUACGUCAUGGUUUUCGUGGUAGCCUUGGGUUGUUGGACCUAUUUUGUCGACGAUUUUCAAUGCAUGUACUUCGUCCAGGCCUCGUGCUGCGUUCCAGGCACCUGCGGCGACUGCAGCUGGAUGUGCCAGGAGUCCGGAUUGGAGACCAAUGCGGAACUGAUGCGGGCAAUGUGCUACUAUACCUGGAUGAGCGACGAGGAGGUCAUUGCGCACUGCGCAACGGCGUGCGGCGGAACCUGUGCGGAUCAGCCACUCUGCUCGCCUGGCUGUAUCCAAGCAAAACAGGUAGACGCCGCGGGGCUCACCGGGGCGGAAGAUGCAAGGAGAUCACUGUUGCAACAGGAUCGGGCGAGUAAAGUACAGUACACGCCCUGGGACGCGUAUGCCUAUCGAUAGGGGGUAAAAUACUAAAGCAAUGGUGUGAAAGUAAGUACCUAGAACUUCAGAGCACGGUGAAUUAUGUAUGAGAUGCUCCUGCGGAGAACAAUGAUACUCUAUGCAUGUUAAUGCAAAAAGCAAGCGAAUAAUUUACGAUUGCACACGACGAAAUUCAAAUUUCGAAGUAGAAACUAGCGAGCAACUACGAAGCUUGAUGGACAUGAAUGCUGCUGAUGAAUAGAAGGCAGAGCUAAUGCUAGACGCGAAACUUUCUUGACGGCAACACAAUCAUUUGUGUAGGUACGGUACAGAAUGCUUCGACUUGGCGUCAUGUG